AAGAGUCACAAAUUCUGUAGCAUGAGUUUUUACGUUAAAGAGUUCAGUGGUUUACAUUUAAAUUUGAUCCAAUUUUAUGCAUGGUUUUAAAACAAAACAAAGUCGCCGGGGGCACCGGGAAAUGUUCUCUAUUCCCUAUUCCACGUUGCAUUACUUUUGCAGGGAAGAGCGCGGUCGGGGGUUACUUGCUUUUUAUUGAUAGUAGAAAGUCUCAGAUCUUUCAUCUAAGGAACUUAUCGUAUUCUGCGGUAGACAGCUCACUAAAGAUGGCCCCAAGAAAGCCACUUCUUCUUCUUUUCGAUGUGGAUGGAACCUUAACCAAGGCACGACAGGAGAUCACCCCGGAUAUGACCGGGUUCCUCAGCUCUCUGCGCGAGCACGCCUGUGUCGGCGUGGUGGGCGGCUCGGACCUGCCCAAAAUCUGCCAGCAGCUGGCAGGUGGUGACGAGAAGGCCGUACACUCCAUGUGCGAGUACGUGUUCGCAGAGAACGGCCUGGUCGCAUUCAAAGGCGGCGAGUUGAUACAUAAGGCGGACCUGGUCGGAAAACUGGGCGAUGAGUUCCUUCAGCGCUUCAUCAACUUUACACUAGGCUACCUCAGCAAGGUGCAGCUGCCACUGAAGAGAGGCAACUUCAUCGAGUUCAGGAACGGUAUGAUCAACAUUUCUCCAAUCGGCCGCAGCUGCAGCCAGGCCGAGCGGGACGCGUUUGUAGUGUACGACACGGAGCACGGUGUGAGGUCUGCCCUAGUGGCCGCGCUAAACUCCGAGUUCAGAGACGCCAACCUCAGUGUCUGCAUCGGUGGUCAAAUAAGUGUCGAUGUGUUCCCGCGGGGGUGGGAUAAGACGUACUCACUGCAGUUCGUCGAAAAGGAGGGUUUCGAGGCGAUCCACUUUUUCGGUGACAAGACCAGCCCAGGAGGGAACGAUCACGCCAUCUACGAGGAUCCCAGAACAGUGGGCCAUUCUGUGACCGAUCCCAGCGACGCCCGGCGGCAGGUGGAGGAACUACUGAAACUGCGCUGACGGCGCCCCUGGCGGCCGGUGGCGGAACUGCUGAAGGCGUCCCGUCCGCUGCGCCCGUCCAGUUAGACCCGUUAUUCUCGCUCAAAAUGGGCUAUGUGGCGAAGUGUGUUACCUCGCCGUGGCCAUGCCUUUGCGAUGACUGUGUUGGGACGUAAACCGGGUGGGAACACUAGUGGCAUCUGGCGGGGAGCGCCCGAACUGCUCAUAUGACCCUAUUCUGAGUGUUGGUAUGAGUAGAACGGUCACUUGUUCUGGUUGCCCUCAGCAUUCCCUUGACUAUGCCACUGUCGUGUGGUUAUUUGUUUCAUAUGGACCUUGUUAUGAAUUUAGUUGCAGCUCAUCGUGAGUUUUAUAUAUAAAUUGCUUUUUCAUCUAUUUUGAAAGCAUCACGUAUAUGUGGUGCAUGAUAUUUUAUAUGCUUUUUGUUAUCAAUGGCUAUGGUUGUUGUUUUUUUUUCUGGGUAUUCUUUGAAAGACAUUUUGGGGUCUGGUUCUUGUGUUUUGCGUAGAUGGAAUUUCUGAAUAUCAACGUUCUACUGAACCUGGAACGCUGGAUAAUAAAGACUGUUGUGUCCUA